UUCUCUUAAAUAAUCAAACAUUAACAUAACUUUACUUAAAUGUAUGUUUUUGUCACAUAAACUCGUCAAUCUGAUGGUGCCAUCACUGCCGUUAGCAAACAAGCUAACUUUACCGCUAAUGACUGUUGGCGCAUAGAAAAGCAAAAUAACAUUCAAAAUGUGUUAUUACACGGCUCUUCAGCAUAUUGACUACUUUUACUUUUGACACUCGAGUACUUUUACAUGAGCAAACUGAAUGCGGAGUGAUUUUUCCACCAUUGUAGUUAACGGUCAUACAUUAAUUAAAACACGGAAUCAAUUGGUGGUCUGGUGUUUUCCCGACGUCAUCAAACAGCUAACGGUUGUGGGUCCAACGGGGUUUCCCUAUCUCGAUUUUAAAAGCAAGGGUUUUACAUAUUCAAACUAUUAACGGUUAUCUGAUUAGGCGCUGAUGAAGUCACAGAGUCCCUGUAAGGCCAGAUCUGCAUCUCAGGCCCACCACUGAGUCUGUGUUUUUCGGGAAGGCCUCUGUCGAGUCCCAGAGGAGGAGACAUGGCCAAUAACUCUUUUCGUGGGUCCAAACAUGGGCGACGUGCUGAGGCCAACCAUGACGCGGAGUUCAGCUGCACGCUGCAGGAGCUGCGCUCGCUCAUGGAGCUGAGAGGACCCGAUGGACUGACCAAGAUCCAGAAAACUUAUGGAGACGUUAACGGACUGUGUGCCAGACUGAGGACGUCACCUGUUGAUGGUUUAGAUGGAAACUCAGAGGACAUCAGCAGAAGGAAAAAGGAGUUUGGACAGAACACCAUCCCUCCUAAAAAGCCAAAAACCUUUUUGCAGUUAGUGUGGGAAGCCCUGCAGGAUGUCACACUCAUCAUCCUGGAGGUGGCAGCCGUCAUUUCACUAGGCCUUUCUUUCUACAGACCACCAGAUGCUGAGAGACAGAACUGUGGCAGAGCAGCAGGUGGUGUGGAGGAGGAGGGCGAGGCGGAGGCUGGAUGGAUCGAAGGUGCCGCCAUCCUGCUGUCUGUGGUGUGUGUCGUCCUGGUGACGGCCUUCAACGACUGGAGCAAAGAGAAACAGUUCCGUGGCCUCCAGAGCCGCAUCGAGCAGGAGCAGAAGUUCACCGUGGUCCGAGGGGGGCAGGUGAUCCAGAUCAAUGUGUCUGAGAUCGUCGUCGGAGACAUCGCACAAGUCAAAUACGGUGACCUCCUCCCCGCUGACGGCGUCCUGAUUCAGAGCAAUGACCUGAAAAUCGACGAGAGCUCUCUGACAGGAGAGUCAGAUCAUGUUAAGAAGAGUGUACAAGAAGACCCGAUGAUGCUGUCAGGAACUCAUGUGAUGGAGGGCUCUGGCAAGAUGGUGGUCACCGCCGUAGGUGUGAACUCCCAGACUGGCAUCAUCUUCACACUGCUUGGUGCUGGUGAGGAAGCUGAGGGUGAAGGUGAAGAGGCCAAGAAAGAGAAAGACAAGAAGAAAGAGGAGCGGAAAAAGAAAGAGAAGAAGGACAAGAAGAGUAAAAAAGAUGACAAAGGAAAGAAAGGUAAAAACAAGGAUGGAGCCAAUGUGGAGAUGCAGCCGCUCAACGAGGACGGAGAACCAGAGAAGAAAAAAAACCUACCAAAGAAGGAGAAGUCAGUCCUCCAGGGGAAGCUGACCAAACUGGCUGUGCAGAUCGGCAAAGCAGGUCUGUUCAUGUCGACUCUCACCGUCAUCAUCCUCAUCACUCGCUUCCUGAUCGAUACCUUCUGGAUUCAGGGGGUUCCCUGGACCAGCGAGUGUCUGCCCAUCUACGUGCAGUUCUUGGUCAAGUUUUUCAUCAUCGGUGUGACUGUGCUGGUGGUGGCUGUGCCUGAAGGUCUCCCUCUGGCUGUCACCAUCUCCCUGGCCUAUUCAGUCAAGAAAAUGAUGAAGGACAACAACCUGGUCCGCCACCUGGACGCCUGUGAGACGAUGGGCAACGCCACCGCCAUUUGCUCCGACAAGACGGGCACACUCACCAUGAACCGCAUGGCUGUGGUGCAGGCCUACAUCGCAGGAAGCUACUACAAAAAGGUGCCGAAGCCGCACAUGAUCCCUGCCAAGAUACUGGACCUGCUCAUCUGGGGCAUCGGGGUCAACUGCGCCUACACCACCAAGAUUAUGCCUCCAGAGAAGGAGGGAGGGCUACCUCGCCAGGUGGGAAACAAGACUGAAUGUGCCUUAUUGGGACUCACCCUCGACCUACAGCGAGACUACCAGACCAUCCGCAACGAAAUCCCAGAGGAGAAACUGUACAAGGUCUACACCUUCAACUCUGCGAGGAAGUCCAUGAGUACCGUGCUAAAGAACCAUGAUGGCAGCUACCGAAUGUUCAGCAAGGGGGCCUCUGAGAUCCUGCUCAGGAAGUGCAGUAAGAUCCUGAAAGAAAACGGCAAGACCAAAGACCUCAAACCUCUGGACCGAGACCUCCUGAUGAAGAAGGUGAUUGAGCCAAUGGCAUCAGAGGGUCUGAGGACCAUCUGCCUCGCCUACAGAGACUUCCCCGCUGCUGAUGGAGAACCCGACUGGGACAACGAGGCCCACAUCCUCUCUGGACUCACCUGCAUCGCCGUGGUUGGCAUUGAGGACCCUGUACGACCUGAGGUACCAGACGCCAUCAGAAAGUGUCAGCGGGCCGGGAUCACUGUCCGCAUGGUGACAGGAGACAACAUCAACACUGCGCGGGCCAUCGCUGUCAAAUGUGGCAUCCUGCAACCUGACGAUGACUUCCUGUGCAUGGAGGGCAAAGAGUUCAACCGACGUAUCCGAAACGAGCUGGGAGAGAUUGAGCAGGAGCGAAUCGAUAAGAUUUGGCCAAUGCUGAGAGUCCUCGCCAGAUCGUCACCAACAGACAAACACACUCUGGUGAAAGGUAUCAUCGACAGCACGGUGCUGGAGCAGAGGCAGGUCGUUGCGGUUACUGGAGAUGGAACAAAUGAUGGACCUGCCCUCAAGAAAGCGGAUGUCGGCUUCGCUAUGGGCAUCGCAGGGACGGACGUGGCGAAGGAGGCGUCAGACAUCAUCCUGACAGACGACAACUUCAGCAGCAUCGUGAAGGCCGUGAUGUGGGGCAGGAACGUCUACGACAGCAUCUCCAAGUUCCUGCAGUUCCAGCUCACCGUCAACGUGGUCGCCGUGAUUGUGGCCUUCACUGGAGCCUGCAUCACCCAGGACUCUCCCCUGAAAGCUGUGCAGAUGUUGUGGGUCAACCUCAUCAUGGACACUUUCGCUUCACUGGCCCUCGCCACCGAGCCGCCGACCGAGGCGCUGCUGCUCAGGAACCCAUACGGCCGCAAGAAGCCGCUCAUCUCCCGCACCAUGAUGAAGAACAUCCUGGGACACGCCAUUUACCAGCUGACCGUAAUCUUCACCCUGCUCUUUGUUGGUGAGACUCUGUUUGACAUCGACAGCGGCAGGAACGCCCCCCUCCACGCUCCGGCCUCUCAGCACUACACCAUCGUGUUCAACACGUUUGUCCUCAUGCAGAUCUUCAACGAGCUCAACGCCCGCAAGAUCCACGGAGAGAGGAACGUCUUCGAGGGUGUCUUCAAGAACCCCAUCUUCUGCACUAUCAUCCUGGGAACCUUACUCAUACAGGUCGUCAUCGUGCAGUUUGGUGGUAAACCGUUCAGCUGUGCGAGUCUGACCGUCGACCAGUGGCUGUGGUGUGUUUUCCUGGGUAUCGGCAGCCUCCUGUGGGGUCAGCUGGUGUCCAGCGUCCCCACCAGCUGGCUGAAGUUCCUGAAAACAGCGGGUCAUGGCACACAGCAGGAGGAGAUCCCCGAGGAGGAGCUGGAGGAGAUGAAGGACCUGGACGCCAUCGACCACGCUGAGAUGGAGCUGAGGAGGGGCCAGGUGCUGUGGUGCCGCGGCCUCCAGCGCAUCCAGACACAGAUCCGUGUGGUGAACGCCUUCAGAGACAGCGUGUCUCCUUACGAAGGUCUGGAGACGCCUGAAGCUCGCAGCUCCAUCCACAACUUCAUGAGCCACCCGGAGUUCCGCAUCGAGGACUCGGAGCCCCAGAUCCCGCUGAUCGACGAGAACGAGGGCGAGGACGACCCCCCCACCAAACGCAACUCCAUCAUCAUCCCACCGCCGCUGACCGGUCUGGCCAACCUGUCCAACCUGCCGCCGCUCCCGUCCUCGCCCAACCAGAACAACAACGCCAUGGACCGCAUCGUCCCGCUGCACAAGGACGCCUCCAGGUCCGGUCUAAUCCCGCCCAACUCGGCCGGGCUGCCGCCGUGUCCGGGGAGCCCCCUGCACAGCCUGGAGACGUCACUGUGAAGCGACCACUUCCUGUUGCAGUGGUCUGUUCUGUUCGUACUGUUCCUUACUCUGAGAGCAGAGGAAUGAGAAGACAUUUUAAAAACAGACUCCUCUGAUCGCUGCUCGUCAGGAGUUCACCUGCUGGUUUUUAGAUCCAGGAAACAGAAAUGUUUCCAGAUGUUUGUUGUGUUCGAAGCGGCGGCGGCGGCAGGUUCACACAGACUGUUUUCUUCCUUCCUGAUGUUUUCCUUCUUUACUUUAAUGAACUCUGCAGUUGUUAUUUAGGAGAAGAGUGUUUGUGAAGUGAUCGAUCAAUAAUCAGUUUCUGAUCUGUAAAUAUUGAUGUUGAUAUUCAGACGUCGUCCUGGCUCGGUUUAACCCGCAGCGUUCCUGCGGCCGACUCGAGCCGAUGGUGACGAGUUAGGUUGUGUUGAGGUUUAACUUCUGUGACUGGAAUGUGUAGACUCAGUCGGCUUUAAUGAGGGGGGGGUCUUACAGAGAUGUGUGUUUGUAGACAAAUGUUUAAAGUAAAUGUUAAUGUCCGGAUUUUAUUCUAGUAUUUUUGUAAAAAAUGUUUUAGGUUGUUUCAAAAGGUGUAAAACCAAAAAGUUAUUAAAAGUCAAAAAACAGGUUUGAGAGCAGGAUGUUUGUGAUGCAGAAGAAGAAAAGUCAAUGAUUCAUCUUCAUAUCAAACUUAUAAAAUAAAAAGUCAAACUGUCAAAGAUUAUAACUCAUAACAGCAAAUUAUUAGUGACGAUCAGGGGUGAAGAAACCAGAC